CUGGUUCAUCCAUCACGUGCGGUAAAUAAGGUGAAGAGUCAAAAUUGUCCCAAUUUCAGCGGCAGCGAAGAACCACAAAGCUUUCACUAUCACUUCCAUCGCCCGCCAAUUUCAUCCUCUCCGCCGCUUUCCUCUUCUAUUCAAUCAAUCGCCGUAACUGCUGGUUAGCUCAGCUGACUGCGAAAAAAAGGAAGCCAUGGGGUCUGAGGUCUGUGCAGAUGAACAGCAAGCUAUUUGUGGAAAAAAUUGGAGUUUGAUUUGUAAAACAGGUGAUGAGGAAGCUGGGCCAGCAACUCCAGAGGAAAAAGCAGAGCAUUCCCCGCCCCAUUCUUCUCCUGACGUCGAAACCCCUAAAGAGACCUUGUUCGAUUCCUUUGCCCCAGGCUCCGACAAGCUGUUGCUUGCUCCGCGCCGCCUCAAAUACCAGGAUGAGUCACACAGCCACGUCGUUCGUCGCCUCAACUUUGCCUCUUCUCUCAUUGAAGAAUUUGAUAAUGUUGCUGAUGAUGGUGGUGAAGGUGGUGAUGAUGAUGAGCAGCGUUUGUUUGAGAUUGUGUAUGGCACCAUCAUGGAUGCUAUUUUCGAAGAGCAAGGGGCGCCGAGAUCCACGCCACUUUCCACUGGGAUUGCUGAGACGCGCACGGAUGAGCAAGGGACACCGAGAUCCACACAACUUCUCACCGGGAUUGCUGAGACGUGCCCAGCAGCACCCAUCAAGUCCGCAACGACAAGACAACGAUGCACCAUCGACAAGGAUAUAUGCAGAAGGCUGUUCUAGACUGCCCAAGACUUAAUCUUCGAAUGGAAGCCUAGGUUUUAUCCUUGUCGAUUGUACUAUUCUUCAAUAGUUAAUUUAGUUUUCUUCUCAAAUGUAUUCCAAAACUCAUCAAUCAUUAAUUCAGCAAAGUUAAGAUAUUCAUCAAAGUUAAGAUAUUCA